AUGUCUGUACAGCUGCAUAGCCCUCUCAAGACACCGAGCGGAGUUGUCUUUCCAAAUCGCCUUGUCAAGGCGGCAAUGGCAGAGUCUUUAGCAGACAAAGACAAUGACCCAAGCGACAAAUACAUAACUUUGUACGACACCUGGAGCAGUGGAGGCUGGGGAGCUGUAAUCACAGGUAUACCUUUUCUGUUCCCUCUCUCUCGAUACAUCAUUCUUACACCUUUCACAGGCGAGAUGGAGGUCUCAACAAUCUACAUGGGCCACCCCAACAACAUCAAUUGUAAGCCCGCGCCCUCGCCCGCCACCAGAGACAAGUGGGAACGCUGGGCCCUCGCCGCCCGUCAGAACGAUACACCAGCCCUCGUCCAGCUCGUGCACCCUGGCCGUCAGUCGCCAGCUGGCUGCGGGAAUCGUUCUUUCUUUGCAAAAGCUGUUGCGCCUUCUGCGGUUCCUGUUAUCCUGGGCAAUAGCAUGACCGACUAUGUGCUGAGCAAAUUGCUGUUUGGCACGCCUCGUGCCAUGACCGUAAAAGAAAUACACGAAGCAGUCCAGCAGUUUACCGCAGCCGCAAAGCUAUGCCACGAAUCCGGGUUCACAGGAGUACAGAUACAUGCCGCCCAUGGCUUUCUUCUAACGCAAUUCCUCUCACCCAAGACCAAUACCCGAACGGAUUCCUAUGGUGGCACGCCCUCCAACCGCGCGCGCAUAGUGAUAGAAGUCAUCCACGCCAUCCGCGCCGUGGUCCCACCUACUUUCUGCAUCGGUAUCAAGCUCAACAGCGCGGACAUAGGUGGGCACGAAAGCCUUGACGAGUCACUAGAACAGGUCGGCCUGAUUGUCGCGGAAGGCAUCGAUUUCCUUGAGAUCAGCGGCGGGACGAUCGAGAAUCUGCGUAUGUCAGCUGGUGAUGCUCCUUCGGUGAAGUCAGCACGUACUAUCCACCGUGAAGCGUUCUUCCUCGACUACGCGCGCUCCGUGCGCUCGCAUUAUCCUAACGUCCUGCUCAUGGUGACGGGUGGGUUCCGCAGCAGAAAGGGUAUGCAGGCGGCGCUCGACUCAGGGGCUUGUGAUCUUGUCGGGCUGGGGAGGCCGAGUGCCAUAUGGCCGAGGUUGGCGAAAGAGGUGCUGUUGAACGAGGAUAUGAAGGAUGAGGAUGCAAGGUGUGACUUGAGGUUUGUGAGGGGCAACUGGUUUGUGAGAAAUCUGGGACCCAAGAUUGUGGGUGCCGGCGUCGAUGUGCUGUAUUACGCGGGACAGAUUGCGAGGAUGGCGGAAGGGAAAGGAACGAGUCCGCCGCCGGUGGGGGCUUAG